UCUUCCCCUCUUCUUGGUGACCUCCUCGACCCAUUUCAACAAUGGACAGCCAUCUCACUCCUGGUGAAGAUCAUCUUCAAACAAUGGGCACGCCUUCCGCGCCUGGCAGCCCUCACCACGAAGUUCAAAUAGACGACGACAAUAUUCUGCCUGUCUACAACGAGGACAAAAAAGAAGGUGGCUUUGAUGAACGCUUGGAAAAGAGCGAAUCCCCUAUACCCGCCGGUGCAGCUACAGAAGAGGAAGCGCAAGCGUUUGAUGGCAAAUUGACGUUUGACAACUUUUUCGAACGCUACCGUAACUGGAUUCGUCUUGCCACUUGGCUCAUCUUCACUGGCUUCUUGAUUGCUGCCCUUGUGCUGCAAGUGCCAAAAGGUUAUAGUCAAGAAAACCUUAUUCUUGGUCUGAUUUACGCCUGGACAACCUUAUACUUUUUGUUCUGCUUCAUUCCCACCACCGUCGUCACCAAACCAUGGAACCGCUUUUGGUCGGUGGUGUCUCGCCCCGUCAUGAAAAUGCCACUGAAAUGGAGAAAGCUUGCCUAUUGCUUUUUCACCUUUGCCGUCAUUGUCAUUACCAUUUUCUGCCUGCCCGACAAUCCAGCCAGCGGGUCAACCCGAGUGCGUAAACUAAUUGCCUUGUUUGGAAUGCUUGUCUUUAUCGCCAUUACUUGGUUGACUUCCAACAAUCGAAGAGCUGUGCCAUGGUUGACCGUCUCUAGUGGUAUGCUGUUGCAAUUCUUGUUGGCGUUGUUUGUGUUCAAGACAUCUGUUGGUUUCGAUAUCUUCAAUUGGAUGUCGACGUUCGCUAGUUCUUAUCUUGGCUUUAACAAGAAUGGUCUAGCUUUUGUGUUCAGCGAGGAUAUUGCUAACAUGGGAAUGUUCAUCAUCUCCGUCGUCCCCGCUGUUAUCUUCUUCUGUUCUACCGUCUAUAUCCUGUUCUACAUCGGUGCGCUGCAAUGGAUUAUCAAGAAGGCUGCUGUGUUCUUCAUGGUCAUUUUGGGCACCUCCGGAGCUGAAUCCAUUGUCGCUGUUGCCUCACCUUUCAUUGGCCAAGGUGAAUCGGCUCUUCUCAUUCGUCCUUUUAUACCCUACAUGACUAGAUCGGAACUUCAUCAAGUCAUGACUUCAGGUUUCGCUACGAUUUCCGGUUCUGUGUUGUAUGCAUACAUGCAAAUGGGUGUCCCUGGAUCCGCUUUGCUGACAGCCUGUAUCAUGUCUAUUCCUUGUUCAUUGGCUAUCAGCAAGAUCCGAUACCCUGAAACCGAAGAGUCCUUGACCACGGGUCGAGUCACCAUCCCCCCUAGAACCGAGCAUGAAGCCAACAUUCUUCAUGCGGCAGGGAAUGGCGCUGCCAUUGGUUUGAAAAUCGGUGGUUUGAUUUGUGCAAAUAUCAUUUCUCUUUUGGCUCUGCUUGCCGCCGUCGAUGCUGGUCUGACAUGGAUAGGCAACUUUAUCACCAUCCAAAAUUUAACUUUGGAACUCAUCACUGGAUAUAUUCUUGUCCCUGUCGCUUGGUUGAUGGGUAUCGAAGAUGCUGACUUGGUCCCUGCUGGACGUCUGUUGGCUACCAAGUUGUGGGCAAAUGAGUUUGUCGCUUACAGUGACCUUACUACUACGUUUAAGGGUACCAUCACGGAUCGUACUGUUACCAUCAUUACUUACGCUCUGUGUGGUUUCGCAAACUUGUCGUCCAUCGGUAUCCAAAUCAGUGUCCUUGGUGCACUCGCUCCAGAGCGCACAGGUGAGAUUUCCCGUCUUGCCGUCUCGGCCAUGCUUUGCGGUGCCUUGUGCACCUGUUUAUCAGCAUCCAUGGCUGGUAUGUUACUGUAAUUGUAUUUCUAUGAUUGUGUAGCUAGGGAACUCGCCCAAACCAAAAAACGCUCUUUAUCUAUGUCAUUAAUAAAAUUUAAAAAAAUUGGAAAUCUAUGGGCUCGUCUAAACGGCCACUCCAUGAUUGGUCAAUC